AUGGCACCUACUUCUGCUUUGAUACAAAUCAACUCGAGAUGUGUCCUCUCAGUUCGCAUCUUCAUCAAUAGAAACAAGAUAUUGAAAGGUAUAACAAACUCUGAUACCAUAUUUGAGGCACCUAUUCUAUCUAAUAAUUCAAUAGUUCGGUUAAAGUCUCCAUCGAUUAGGUUACUUCUAUCCAAUGAGGAUAUGAAAUCAUUAACAUACGAAAUACGCGAUAGUUUGCUCUUUAUAUUAUAUGAGCUAUGUUCGCCGUUGCUCGAAGAACAAGUUCUCAACAAGUUGAAAGUGGGAACAUUUAUGGAUUUUUCAGAUGUCUUACAGAUUCUUCGGAAGGGAUCUAAGUUGAGCAGCAAUUCUACUGAUCUUAAUAACUGUAUUGACGGAAUUGAUGUUCAUAUAGUUUCGAUAGAACGAACAGGAAAGAAAAGGUACAAACUUCAUUUCUCCAGCAAAUGGAAACUGGAUAUUAUAAUUGAGGAUAUUGAUAAGCUUUCGCAUUGGAGGAAGCUUCUCGUCCUGUUAGACUCCAUUCAAUCCGUUCCCAGCUCUACGCAGAAUAUCCCUUUGUUCAUCCCAUUUAAGAGCACGAACGUUUUGGUACGAUCUAGGCAACAGCUGAGUCAUACUACUGAAAAAAAUGAAGGAAAAACUACAGACUCGCGAAUUCUAGUUGAAUCAGAUGAAGAAGCUCCCUUACCUCCUUUUCAGGAAGAAGAGCAAAAUGACAUUCAUUCCUCACAGGACUCGGAAAUUGGCGGCAAGAAAGACAACAAGAAACCUAUAUUCGAUUACCAGUAUAAGGGUAUGAGACUAUUUGAUAAAUGCAUUAGCAUACAUGUAUUACAAAGACCAAAAAGAAUAAAAAAAAAUCGCUAG